AUGAUCCAGAUAUUCGAAAAAAUCACGAAAAGUCCAGAGGACAAAAGAGAUUACCGAGGCCUAAUUUUGGACAAUGAGCUACGGGUAUUACUCAUCAGCGACCCAGAAACUGACAAGGCAGCAGCUGCGCUCUCAGUUAACGUUGGUCAAUUGAGCGAUCCCAAUGGACUCGAUGGCUUGGCUCACUUUCUGGAGCAUAUGCUGCGCCUUGGAACGGAAAAGUACCCACGCGAGAACGAGUACAAAAAAUUCUUGUCAGAGCAUGGCGGACAUUCAAAUGCACACACCUGCAUGGAAAAAACGACCUUCUACUUUAACGUCGCCCCUAAACACUUGACCAACGCAUUAGACAUUUUUUCUCAGUUCUUUAAGGCCCCUCUCUUCACCGAGGACGCGACAGACCGAGAAGUUCAAGCCGUCAAUUUAGAGAAUGAAGAAUGUGUGGCAGAUGAUUCAUGGCGUUUACACCAGCUGGAAAGGAGCACCAGCAUCAAGGACCAUCCCUACAGUAAAUUUUGCGGUGGCAACUUGCAAACGUUGGUCGAAGAUCCCAAGAAAAAUGGAAUAAAUGUCAGGGAGGCUCUGCUCAAGUUCCACAGAGAUUACUACUCGUCCAACAUCAUGUCGCUCGUGAUCCUCGGCAAAGACUCUUUAGACGAACUGCAAGAUACAGCUGUGAAUUUGUUUGGAACAAUUGUGAACAAAAAAGUCGCUCUGCCCAAGUGGCCUGGAAAUCCUUUUGGCCCAGAGCAGCUGAAAAAGAAAAUACUGGCUGUGCCAAUAAAAAACUGGCGAUCACUUAGCGUCACCUUUCCCAUUCCUGACAUGAAGCAGCACUACAAAGCAGGCCCAAAUAGGUACUUAAGCCGCCUGAUUGGUCACGAAAGCAGCGGCAGCUUGCUCUCUGCUCUGAAAAAGCGUGGCUGGUCAAGUCAUCUGAUUGCCGGAUGCAGCUCAGUGGCAAGGGACAUUUCCUUUUUCGCUGUGAACGUUGAUCUGACUGAAAAGGGUCUCGAGAACGUUGACAACAUCGUUGAUCUCAUCUUCCAGUAUAUCAAUCUGCUUCGGCAAGAAGAUCCACAGGAAUGGAUUUUCAAAGAAUAUGUGGAAAUCACUAACAUGAGUUUCCGGUUCAAAGACAAAGAAUCGCCCAGGGAUUAUGUUGUCGACCUGGUUGAAGACCUGCUGAAAUACCCAAUAGACGAUGUGCUGACUGUAAGAUAUAUAUUAUCUGAGUGGAAACCUGAUCUUAUAAAUCAAGUGAUGGAAAAGCUCACUCCAGAUAACUGCAGGAUUAGAAUCGUAUCGAAAGAGUUUGAAUCAAUUGCUGACCAGACUGAGAAAUGGUACGGAGCCAAAUACAAAAUCGAAGACAUUCCUUCAGAGCUGAUUGAAAAGUGGAAGAAUGCUAAGCCGAUUGAAGAGCUGAAGUUGCCCAAAAAGAACGAGUUCAUUCCAAGCAGCUUUGAUAUUUUGCCAAACGAUGAUAAUCCCCCAAAGUAUCCUGCAAUCAUUCACGAGACACAAUUUGUACGGGUGUGGCACAAGAAGGAUGACGAGUUUCUCCUCCCAAAAUCAAACCUGAUCUUCGAACUGACGAGUCCGUUUGCGUACGUGGACCCGCUCAGGGCAAUCUUUAAACGUAUUUACGUGUGUCUGGUUCAUGACGCCCUGACUGAAUAUUCGCACGACGCCUCCCUGGCUUCUCUCCAGUUUAGUGUUGUGUACUCCGAAUAUGGCUUGAAGGUGAAAAUCGCGGGAUUUAACGACAAGCUACACAUCCUGCUAACCAAAGUGCUCGACACGCUGUUCAAUUUGGAUGUUGACGAGGAACGCUAUGAGAUUUUCAAGGAAUACUAUGAAAGGAAUCUGACGAAUUUUACAGCAGAACAACCAUACACGCAGGCCACUCAAUACCGAUGGGAGUGUUUGAUAGAAAAAAGAUGGCUUAAAACUGAACUACUGGAAGCUACAAAAUAUCUGUCCUUCGAUGGCCUUAAGAAUUUCAUCAAGGAGUUCUUCUCCAUGAUGCACAUCGAGUGCCUGAUCCACGGCAACACCAACAAAGCAGCAGCCCAGAAACUGAUCAAACUGAUCGAGAGCAAAUUGCCCAAGAACGCGAUGCCUUUGUUGCCACAGCAUUUGCUGCUUUACCGAGACAUGAAAUUGGAGGAUGGGAGCAACUAUGUUUACGAAGUAACAAAUGAAACGCACAAAACCUCCUGCGUCGACGUACACCUGCAGUGUCCGCCAAAAAGCACAGAGAGCAACAUGCUGCUUCAGUUGUUCGUCCAAAUCGCCAGCGAACCGUGCUCCAACGUGCUCAGGACCAAAGAGCAGCUCGGCUACUAUGCGCGCUUGUCGCUGUCUUACAAUGUGACGGGUCAAGGCGUGAGAAUCUUGGUGCAGUCGGACAAGCAUCCGACCUACGUGGACCACAAAAUAGAGCAGUUUCUGCUGAGCAUGAAGUCGUACCUCGAGGAAAUGAGUGACGAGGAGUUUGAAAAGCACAAAGAAGCCCUGGCUGUACUGCGGCUGGAGAAGCCCAAGAAGAUGAAACAACUGACGGAUCUAUUCUGGGACGAAAUUGCUUACCAAACGUACUGCUUUGACCGGAACAAUAUCGAGGUCACCUUUCUCAAGACCAUCACCAAGGACGACGUGAUUAAGUUUUACAAUGAGCACAUCCACGCCGAGGGGGCCAAAAGGCGAAAGCUAGCGGUCCACGUGAUAUCAACCGCGGAAGGAGGCGCUGGAUCUGCUGGCGCUGAGAUUGACGAGUUUGAGCCGUUGUCGGUCGUCAGCAAGCCAACGCGAAUCGAUGACAUCUGCAGCUUCAAGAGUGGUCUGUCGACCUUUCCGCUUCUCCAGCCUUAUGAUUAUCACAGGCCACAAGGUUCUAAAGCCAAACUUUAGAAACUCAUAAGGACAGGAACGUCAAUCUACUAAUCUCUGAACCCCCAACUCCUGUCUUAUUAUCUUUUUCGUGUAUUAGCAAACGAACAUUACCACCUAGUUAUAGGAACAAAUAUCAAGAACUAAAGUUGAUAUGGAUGCACUAUAGAUGAAAAUUGUUUAAAAACGAUUUUAUAAAUCAACUAUAUCAUUUUAUAACCAAAUUAAUUUUACACACAUGUAUCUAGUGGCUGCCUGAAGGCUUUUAGACAAAACUGAAAUGAUCGAAAGAAAUAAAACUGAUUUAAAGUACACCAACA